CUUUUUUUUAACACUUAUCAAAUGUGAGUGUUAAGUGACCUAUUGCCCUAUUAAUUACCUACCAUGGAUCAGAAUUAAUGGACGGCCCCUCAUAGUUGGGACCAUCUUAAAAUUCACCAUUUAUACUUUUUUACUUGAGCUGGAUUUUCGCCAUAUAUAGGCCUCCCCUCUCGCUCUCUCAAUAGCACUGCGGUGUACGUGUCUGACUCUGAGCUACUAGUAGUAUCUACCUCUCCGUCGAGGCGUCGACCAUGGCGGCCUUCCACGAGAACGGCACCACCGACCCGCCUCUGGCAGACAGCUAUCGCACGCUGCUCCGCAGAGACGAGCUCCGCGGCGGGCUGGCGCGGGAGAGCCUGGCCGUGCUGGAGCACGACCUGCCAAUGAUCGACUUGAAGCGCCUGAUGAGCCGCGACGUGAGGGAGAGGAACGUGUGUGCGGACGCCAUGGCGAGCGCGGCGUCGGAGUGGGGCUUCUUCCAGGUGACCAACCACGGCGUGAGCCGGGAGCUCCUGGAGGAGAUGAGGCGGGAGCAGACGCGGCUAUUUCACCAGCCGUUCGAUAUCAAGGAGAAGCCCAGACUCCUCAACGGCUCGUACCGGUGGGGCAACCCGAUGGCGACGUCGCUCCGCCAGCUCUCCUGGUCGGAGGCCUUCCACGUUCCGCUCGCUAGCAUCUCGGAGGAAGACGACUGCGAGCACGCGGAGCUCAGCUCCUUGAGGGGAGUGAUGCAGGAGGUGGCGGAUGCGAUGUCGCGGGUGGCGGACACGGUGACCGGGACGCUGGCGAAGAACCUCGGGCACGCCGGGUCGACGACGUUCCCCGCGGCCGCAGGGUGCGACGGGACGACGUGCUUCCUGCGGCUGAACAGGUACCCGGCGUGCCCGUUCGCGGCGGACACGCUCGGCAUGGUGCCGCACACGGACAGCGACUUCCUCACCGUCCUCUGCCAAGACCAGGUUGGAGGCCUUGAGCUCAUGAAGGACUCCCACUGGGUCGCCGUGAAGCCCCACGCCGACGCGCUCAUUGUCAACGUCGGUGAUUUGUUCCAGGCGUGGAGCAACAACAGGUACAAGAGCGUGGAGCACAGGGUGGUGGCCAACUCCAAGGCGGAGCGCUUCUCCGUCGCCUACUUCAUGUGCCCGUCGUGGGACUCGCUCGUCGGCACAUGCGCCGAGCCAUCGCCGUACAAGCCGUUUACCUUCGGGGAGUACAGGCGCAAGGUGCAGGAUGAUGUCACGCAAACGGGCAAGAAGAUUGGUCUCCCCAACUUUCUCAAAGGUUGUACCGUUGACAGCCUGACUGAAUGACAGCAUCGGACCCGAUCUUCUUAUCUGUGUGAGCACAGUCUCACCGUAGAAGCGUGGCUGCGUGGGUCAGCACUUUGGCAUUGGAGCAUUUUUUUUCUUUAUACUUUUUUUUUCAUCCUUUCGAUAUACUCUUUCCGUUUCAAAAUACAAUGCAGUCUUUUUGAAAGUCAAACAUGUCUAUGUCUAUGUUUUUAUAUUUAAUGUAUUUUAGAUUUGCUUGAAAAGGCAAAUGAAAAUAAGAGAAAGUAGAUGAUAGUUUGUGCGAAGGUACUUGAUAGGUUUUGAUGAUGUCUUCCCGGCAACAGCGCCAGAAAUUCUUCCUAUUACUUGUAAUCUGCAUUGGGCUUUCCUCAAAAAGGAGAUGAGAUACAGUACAACAGAGAUAAGUAUUUCUCUCAAUUAAGAACUAAGGUUAUCAAUCCAGUAGGAGAAUCAAACAAAGCCUCGUGAACAGCACCUACACACACAAAAGCAAUUACUUGCACCCAACGCAAACAAAAGGGUUGUCAAUCCCGUUGGCGGUUACUUGCAAGGUUUAAAUAUUGUACUGAUAGAUAGAUAAAUUGCAAAGAUAAAAUAAAAUAAAACAGAAAAAGUGUAGCAGCGUAUGUUUGGAUUUUUUUAUCUAUGAUAAAAAUAGACCCGAGGAACAUAGUUUUCACUAGAGGCUUCUCUCUCGAGCACAAAGCAUACCAUGAGUAAACAAUACUAUUGGGCAAUUGAUAGAAAAGUGCAUAGUUUUGACGAUAUUCAAGUCAAUGAUCAUGUAUAUAGGCAUCAUGUCCGAGACAAGUAGACUGACUCCUGCCUACAUCUACUACUAUUACUCCGCCCAUCGACCGCUCUCCAGCAUGCAUAUAGGGUAUUAAGUAUA